AUGGAAUUUAGCUGCAGGUUAACUUUCUGCUGCCCAGCUCAAGAAUCUACAUCUUUAGGCUUUUCGAGUAACAGCGCUGGCACCACACCUGUUGGUGUCCCGAUGGAGCAGCAUGCUAGCCCUCCCAACGGAAAAGGCCCAGUGACCAAAGAAGAAAGUAAUGUUGUGCCUCUUUGUCGAGCCAAACCCUCCCCUAGCUUUAUUAAUCUUCAAGCAAGUUCCCCACCGGCCACUUUCCUGAACAUCCAGAACACAAAGCUGCCCUCAGGAGUUGACCACAAACCCAAGGAAUGCCUGGGACUCCUAGAAUGUAUGUAUGCCGUUCUCCAGCUCCAGACCCAGCUCGCCCAACAACAGAUGGCUAUUUUGGAAAAUAUACAAGCAUCCAUGACACAGCUGGCUCCUGGGAAGGGAAGCAAGAACUCUUCUCUCCUAGCCUUAUCCCGCAAUCUGUUGUUAAAUCACCUGCCCCAGUUCAGUAAAUGA